AUGGACAGAGAUCCAAGCAUCAAGUCAGAAGCCACGAAAGCUUUCCCGUGCACCAUCUAUCCAAUACCAGGACCACGGCCAUUGCCGCUCCUUGGGAACAUUCUGGACAUCGAUCUUGUCAGCCCCCUCGACUCAUUGAUCAAAUUGGUCGGGAAGUAUGGUCCUAUUUUCUCCUUGACCUUCGCUGGUAAGAGGGAAAUCACAGUAUCGAGCCGCGAACUCGUAGAAGAACUCUCCGAUGAGUCCAGGUUCUGCAAAUUGGUUACCAGCGGUGUUGAGACCAUGCGAGCCGCCGCCGGCGACGGCCUUUUCACGGCCCAACACAAUAACCAUACUUGGGGUGUGGCCCAUCGCAUUCUCAUGCCAGUGUUCGGCCCCCUGAAGAUUAGGAGCAUGUUUGAUGAGAUGAACGACCUUUCUGAACAGCUUUGCCUCAAAUGGGCUCGCCUGGGUCCAUUUGUACCUAUUGAAGUGGCAGAUGACUUUACUCGUCUGACGCUAGACACCAUCGCACUCUGUUCCAUGGACUAUCGCUUCAACAGCUUUUACCUGGAUAAGAAGACCCACCCUUUCGUCGAGAGCAUGAUCGCCGUCCUUGGCGAAGCCGACUUGCAGGCAGUGCUUCCUGACUUCGUCAGCCUGUUCCGACCUAGAGCAAUGUCGCGAUUCAGGAAGCACAUCGAGCAGAUGCAGAGCACGUGUCGAGAGAUCAUUGCGCAACGACGCGCUUCACCCAUCAAAGACCAGAGCAACGACCUCCUCAACGCCAUGCUCAACGGGCGUGAUCCUGAGACCGGCGAUUCACUAAGCGAAGAGGCAAUCGUGCACAACAUCAUCACAUUCCUGGUGGCAGGUCAUGAGACCACGUCGGGCCUCUUGUCAUUCGCCAUCUACUAUCUCGUGGAACAUCCAGAAGAGCUGCGGAAAGCCCGGGAGGAAGUCGACCGGGUCAUCGGCGAAGGACCUAUUAACGUUCAGCAUCUGCAACAGCUGCCAUUCCUGGACUGCGUCUUUAGGGAGACCUUGCGGCUUAUGCCCACUGCACCUGGGUACUACGUCACUCCCUUCAAGGACGAGAUCGUCGGUGGCCAGUAUCUCGUCAGGCCUGGCGAAGCCCUGUGUGUUCUCUUGCAUACACUGCACCGCGACCCUGAUGUCUGGGGCCCAGAUGCAGAGGAAUUCAAGCCUGAUAGGAUGAGGAAUCUCGACGAUAUUCCAAACCAUGCCUGGAAGCCUUUCGGAAAUGGGAUGCGAGGCUGUAUUGGAAGAGUCUUUGCUUGGCAGGAGGCUCAGCUUGUCAUUGCGAUGCUUCUGCGCAACUUCGACAUGAAGAAGGAUGAUCCAGACUAUGAGCUCAAGGUCAAGCAUCUUCUUACAAUCAAACCUGCUGGCUUCAAGGUGCGUGUAAGGUUGAGGGACGACAAGCGACCAACCGACUUCCUCAAGAGUUUGAGAUCUCGAUCAACAGAGAGCACUAUUGCUUCUCAACAGGUCCACAGGAACCAAGGCGCUGCAGAAGGCAGACAGAUGCUGAUCUUGUACGGUUCUGAUACUGGCACAUGCGAAGCUUUAUCGCAACGCCUGGCCGCGGAGGCUUCCUCGAAAGGCUUCAGUCCUACGAUGAUGUCCAUGAAUGAUGCAGUUGGCAAGCUGCCCAAAGAUGUGCCUGUUCUCAUCAUCACUGCGUCUUACAAUGGUUUGCCAUCUCGAGACGCGUCGAAGUUUGUUUCAUGGGCUCAGACUCUCCAUCCUGGAGAUCUGGAAGGCGUUCAAUAUGCCGUUUUUGGGUGUGGCCACAGAGACUGGCCUGCCACUCUGUUCAAAGUACCAAUGGCUUUGGACACCAUGAUGGACGCAGCCGGAGCUAAGAGGUUGACCCACCUUGGCACUGCGGAUACGGCUACCACCGACGUGUUUUCGGCCCUCGAGGACUGGCUUGAGAAUCAUUUUUGGCCAAAGAUGCUAGACGGCCCGCAAGAGUUUGACGUCAACCACGGCACUGACGUGGACAUCGAAGUCACUUACGAGCCUCCGUCCCAUGCAACCACGCGCAGCGGCUUCGUUACAGCUGUGGUUCAGGGCACCUGUGUGCUGUCGUCCAAAGGGGCUUUGCCAAAGAGGCAUCUUGACCUCAAGCUUCCCGACCAUGUCUCGUACGAAGCCGGCGACCACCUUCAAGUUCUGCCAAUGAACGACCCUCAACUUGUUCAGAAGGCUUUAUCUCGGUUCAACUUGAGCGGCGACACACGUCUCACAAUCACCUCUUCAACCGGGCGUUCUCUUCAUGUCCCAGCGAACACGCCGGUCACUGCUUGGGACCUGUUCUCCUCUGUGCUUGAGCUGUCACAUGCUGCGACUCCCAAAGACAUACGGAUCCUGGCAGACGUAGCUACUAUAGAAGAUACGCGUGCGACGUUGAGAACUCUAUCAACUCAGUCAGCAGCACCUGGCACUCGAGAUAAGCGUGUUACUGCUCUCGACUUGAUGCUCACAUUUCCUGACAUCAAGUUGGAUCUUUCGGUCUUUCUCCUCAUGCUUCCUCAGAUGCGGCCUCGAACCUACUCGCUGUCUUCGACCCCUGGCUGGCAAAAGCGUCACGCAACGCUGACCUACACUGUCGAGGACAAGGGUGUUGCGUCGAACUAUCUCGCUUCUCUGCUGGAAGGGGAUGUUCUUCAAGUCUCACCGCUACCAUCAACAGCAAACUUUUCCCUUCCAUCGCCAGCUGUCCAGGCAAACACACCAAUUAUCAUGAUCGCAGCAGGAACUGGUCUCGCUCCUUUCAGAGGUUUCAUUCAGGAGCGCGCAUUGCUCCAUCGUUCCGGCCAGGACCUAGCACCCGCUUUGCUAUUCUUUGGGUGUCGGGCUUCCGAUCUUGACGACCUUUACCGAAACGAGCUUGAUGAGUUUGAGUGUGAAGGGGUUGUCAUGGUUCAUCGCGCAUUUAGCCGUCAGGCGACUUCGUCUUACAAAUAUGUCAUGGAUCAACUGCGAGAUCACAUAGAAGAGAUAUCCGACUUGUCGAAUGAUGGCGCAAAGGUCUAUGUAUGUGGCGCAAAGAGGGUUGCGGAUUCUGUGUUGGAGAUUUUGGAGCCGAUACUUGCUGCUGGCAAUCUGGAGGGGAAGCAGAUCCCAGACGGCCGUUACGUGGUUGAAAUCUUCAACUAG